CCAAAUCCAAAUUCAAGUAAUUAGCAAAUCCGACUUGUAGAUUGCACCCUUAUAGAUGCCCACACCCAUAUCGUAGCAACAUAGAUCCCUUCAGGAAACCUCAAGGUAGAAAUAGACCUAGUAAUUGAUGAUGUAUAUUACGUAUACACUAGUAUACUAAUUCAAUGGAAGGCAUCCAACUUGCCACCUACUGAACUUACUUUAGUAUAGUUUUCAAACCUCAACAUUACACGAAAACACACAAUUUUUAACAUUAUAUUCUUAUACUAAGCACCAACAAAGACAUUCACUUAGCCAAAAUACACAAAGAAAGUGACUCAACAUGAAGAAAAUUUGUUGAAGAACCUUUCAUACACUUUUGCCUUUCUAUUUAGUGUGUGUUUGUAGACAAAACUAGUAAGAAAUAUACACAAGACCUUAGAUCAAACAUGUCUAGUCUUGGCGGAGGCGACGACAUGUCUUCAGCCAGUGACCUUCCAUUUUUAGGCACAAGAAACAACAUGGAACUUCAAGAAUUCAGCAGGAAACCAAGGCAUAAUGUGUCUGUUACACUAGCUGAUCUAUUGAAACACGUUGGCGACUCUGCUGAGGAAAAUCACCAAGCUCUUGAACUUGGGAAUCAUUCCAAUUUUGCUAGUACUACUCCAUCAUUUCCCUUUGUUCUUUCCUUCAAUAAUCUAAGCUAUAGUGUUAAAGUUAAACACAAAAUGGCACUUCCUAAGUGCUUGAGGUGGGGUACUAAGGACGACAAUUUUCCAUCCGGUAACAACAUGAAGGUGUUGUUGAAUGACAUAUCAGGAGAAGCCAGAGAAGGUGAAAUCAUGGCUGUUCUUGGAGCUAGUGGCUCGGGAAAAUCUACGUUGAUCGAUGCACUUGCUGAUCGAAUAUCAAGGGGAAGCCUUAAAGGGAAUGUUACUUUGAAUGGUGAAGUUCUUCAAUCAAAGCUUCUCAAGGUUAUCUCAGCAUAUGUUAUGCAAGAUGAUCUUUUGUUUCCAAUGUUAACGGUUGAAGAAACACUCAUGUUCUCAGCCGAGUUUCGCCUUCCAACAACUUUAUCUAAGUCCAAGAAGAGAGCUAGAGUUCAAGCGUUGAUCGAUCAAUUAGGCCUUAGAAAUGCUGCCAAGACUGUGAUUGGAGAUGAAGGCCAUAGGGGAGUUUCUGGUGGCGAAAGAAGGCGUGUUUCUAUUGGCAUCGACAUAAUUCAUGAUCCUAUUGUCCUGUUUCUUGAUGAGCCAACUUCAGGACUUGAUUCCACUAGUGCAUAUAUGGUGGUAAAAGUCUUGCAAAGAAUAGCACAAAGUGGGAGUAUUGUGAUCCUGUCAAUUCAUCAGCCAAGUUAUAGAAUUUUGAGUCUUUUGGACCGUUUGAUCAUCCUAUCGCGUGGACACACUGUCUUUACUAGCCCUCCUUCAAGUCUACAACAAUUUUUUGCUGAAUUUGGGAAUCCAAUUCCUGAAAAUGAAAACAGGAUAGAGUUUGCUUUGGAUUUCAUCAGAGAACUUGAAGGAACACCAAAUGGAACCAAGAAUUUGAUGGAAUUCAAUAAAACAUGGCAAGGGAAAAGAAACUCCGCUACUAGCAGCAGCAGCAGAUUUUACAAUGGACCAAAACCAUCACUCAAAGAUGCCAUAAGUGCAAGUGUUUCAAGAGGGAAAUUAGUCUCAGGAGCAACGAGUGUCGACCCAAAUCUUUCUUCUUCAAAUGUCCCAAAAUUUGCUAAUCCAUUUUGGGUAGAUAUGGUUGUGAUAGCCAAAAGAUCAAUGUUGAAUUCCAUGAGAAUGCCUGAACUAUUUGGUAUGCGUUUUGGUGCUGUCGUUGUCACUGGGAUUAUCCUAGCCACAACUUUUUGGAAAUUGGAUAAUUCCCCUAAAGGGGUUCAAGAAAGGCUAGGAUUCUUUGCCUUUGCAAUGUCCACAACUUUUUACACUUGUGCUGAAGCCAUUCCUGUUUUUCUUCAAGAAAGGUACAUUUUCAUGAGAGAGACUGCUUAUAAUGCUUAUCGCCGUUCCUCUUAUGUUGUUUCACAUGCCAUUAUCUCACUUCCUUCCAUAUUAGUCCUGUCCGUUGCCUUUGCUGUCACUACUUAUUGGUCAGUUGGACUAGCCGGUGGCACUUCAGGUUUUCUUUACUUCUUGCUCUUCUUGAUUGCCUCAUUUUGGGCUGGAAGUUCAUUUGUCACAUUCCUCUCUGGUGUCAUCUACAAUAUCAUGAUGGCCUACACAGUCGUGGUCGCGAUCUUAGCAUAUUUCUUUCUGUUCAGUGGCUUUUUCAUUAGUCGCGAUCGCUUCCCUCCUUAUUGGCUAUGGUUUCAUUACAUGUCCUUAGUGAAAUACCCUUACCAAGGGGUGUUACAAAAUGAAUUUUCUGAUCCUUACAAGUGUUUUGUAAAGGGUGUCCAGAUUUUCGACGUCUCGCCAUUGAGGGCUGUCCCUGAGCCCUUAAAGAUCAAGUUGUUGCACAACAUGAGCAAGACUUUAGGAAUGAACAUAACAAGUUCAACAUGUUUGACAACAGGAAAAGACAUAUUGAAGCAAAGUGGUGUGACUGACUUGAACAAAUGGACUUGUUUUUGGAUCACUAUUGGUUUGGGAUUUUUCUUUAGGAUUCUCUUCUAUUUUGCUUUGUUGAUUGGAAGCAAAAAUAAGAGGAGGUGAAAACAUGAUGACGAAAAAAAACUUAACAUAAGUUUACUAAUAGUUCUUUUUUUGUCUUAAUUUUAAUUGAGUAGCUUUUUUUUCUUCUGUUUUCUUGGGCAUUAUUGUGCUUAUUUCCAAAUGUUAAAAUGUUGUUUAAUAAAUGUUGUAUUCAAAUUGUUAGCUUCUGAUAUUGUUAGUUCUACUAUUUUAUGGAGAAAAUAAUUUGCAUGUAUCCUUCUAACGACUUGGUUUAUAUGUUCUAUAUAUAAUCAUUUGGGAUA